AUGGGAGCUGCUCGCAAGCUCAAGUCCCACCGCAGGAGGCAAAGGUGGGCCGACAAGGCAUACAAGAAAUCCCAUCUUGGGAAUGAAUGGAAGAAACCUUUUGCUGGUUCUUCCCAUGCAAAGGGAAUUGUUCUUGAAAAGAUAGGUAUUGAGGCUAAGCAGCCCAACUCUGCCAUUCGAAAGUGUGCCAGGGUUCAAUUAAUUAAAAAUGGGAAGAAGAUUGCUGCUUUUGUCCCAAAUGAUGGUUGCUUGAACUACAUUGAAGAGAAUGACGAAGUUUUGAUUGCUGGAUUUGGUCGAAAGGGUCACGCCGUGGGUGAUAUUCCUGGAGUCAGGUUUAAGGUUGUGAAGGUCUCUGGUGUUUCUCUUUUGGCUCUUUUCAAGGAGAAGAAGGAGAAGCCACGGUCUUAA